CAUGUUAAAAUAUAGUUGUGAUUGAACUAGAUUUUCCCAUCUCACUUUGCUCUUCUCCUAGUCGCGAAUCCUUUUUUGCUCAACUCUUCUGUUGAUUUCUUUUUCUACUGAAUAAUUUCUCUCCGAGAUUAGGAAAAAUGGCUUACGCAUCCCAUAUUAUCAAUCAUUCCAAAAAGUUAAGAAAUGCUCCAAAAUUUCUGUGGCAUGAGCAUGCAAUUUUGGUUCGGUGGUUUUCAAAGGAUGCUCAGCCCUCUAUUGGUAAAAGAGAUGAUAUUUGGAAGAUCCGUCGUCGUUGUUAUUGGUCUUCAGAAAGAGAAACAGCUUCCAGAUCUGCCACCAAUGGCACGAUAGCAAUGUUUGGCAUACAGAAGAGAAAUAUGUCAAUGAUGCCAAUGGAAGUGAGAAAUCCGACUGUUGGACUGGCUUUCAACCAACGGUUUUCACGUUCACAGGUAUACUUGAGAAGAGGUUUCUCAUCUGAUUCAUCAGGCCUUCCUCCUCACCAAGAGAUCGGAAUGCCUUCUCUAUCACCUACAAUGACAGAGGGUAAUAUUGCAAGGUGGUUGAAGAAAGAGGGUGAUAAAAUCUCUCCUGGUGAAGUGCUUUGUGAAGUUGAAACAGAUAAAGCAACGGUUGAAAUGGAAUGCAUGGAGGAAGGCUAUCUCGCUAAGAUUAUACAUGGAGAUGGAUCAAAAGAAAUUAAAGUUGGUGAGGUGAUUGCUAUAACUGUUGAAGAUGAGGAGGAUAUUGCAAAAUUAAAAGAUUACAAGCCUUCAGCAUCAGAUGCUGGUGAUGCUGCUGUUAAAGGGUCAUCUACCUCAUCUCCCCCAAAAGAAGAGGUAGCAGAACAACCAGUCAGUUCAUCAGAGCCAAAGACAUCCAAGCCUACUGCAGCACCUCCUGUGGAAGAUCGCAUUUUUUCUAGCCCUCUUGCCAGAAAAUUGGCUGAAGAACACAAUGUGCCUCUGUCAAGCAUUAAAGGAACAGGUCCAGAUGGACAUGUUUUGAAGGCAGAUAUUGAAGAUUAUUUGGCCUCUCGUGGGAAGGAAGCUUUGGCAACAGCCCCUAAGGCUAGGGCUGCCACACCUGCAGCAUUAGAUUAUACCGACAUCCCUCAUUCUCAGAUAAGGAAGAUCACAGCUUCACGCUUAUUACUCUCUAAGCAAACUAUUCCCCAUUAUUAUCUAACAGUAGAUGCAUGUGUCGACAAACUCGUGGAUUUGCGAGGCCAAUUAAAUUCAUUACAAGAAGCAUCUGGUGGAAAGCGGAUCUCAAUUAAUGAUCUUGUUAUUAAGGCUGCUGCUUUGGCUCUUCGUAAGGUUCCUCAGUGCAAUAGUUCAUGGACAGAUGAGUACAUCCGCCAGUAUCACGGUGUAAACAUAAAUGUUGCUGUUCAGACAGAUAAUGGACUCUUUGUUCCAGUCAUCAGGGAUGCAGACAAGAAAGGCCUAUCCAGGAUAGCUGAUGAGGUCAAACAAUUAGCCCAGAAAGCCAAAGAGAACAGCUUAAAACCAGACGAUUAUGAGGGAGGUACAUUUACAGUGUCAAAUUUGGGAGGCCCCUUUGGUAUCAAGCAAUUCAGUGCCAUCAUUAACCCUCCUCAAUCAGGCAUUCUUGCUGUUGGAUCUGCUGAGAAAAGGGUUGUACCUAGUUCAGGCCCCGAACAAUUCAAGUUUGCUUCCUUCAUGUCUGUAACGUUAAGCUGUGAUCAUCGUGUUAUUGACGGUGCAAUUGGUGCGCAAUGGCUGAAAGCAUUCAAAGCCUACGUCGAGAAUCCCGAGUCCAUGUUGCUUUAGAAUGACGGCUUGCAUGUCUUUCAUAUAAUUCCUCCCUCGCACAAAUCAGCCAAGAAGAGGGAUUUGACUUGAAUUCGGCAAUUCCAUAUGGACUUGUAAUAUUGUAACAGUGAGCAGGUUUCUUCCUUUGUACCGUAGUUUUUAGUCUCUCAAACAAAAUUUGCAUACAUUUUUUUCGGAAAUAAAAGAGUGGUGGGUCAGGCAUGAGUGAAUGCACUGAAUUUUGUUCAGGUUGUAUAAUGAUUAAUGUUCCCUUCUGUGCUCA